UCUUGUAUGCAAAUAACUUCAGCCAAUAAUACAAACAUAUAUACCUGCAAUCUGAAGACUAUGUAAAAGUUACGCAUUAACUUUAUUGUGCGUGUUUUCUAACGAGGAGAGGAUUUAAAAAAAAAUUAUUUGAGAUUUUUGUCUUUAAUUUACACUGAUGAAAGCUGAGUAAUGCGAAUGGAAAUUAACCAAGCUUAUAAUGUCCAAAGUUUCUCGUAGCAGGAAGGUAGCUUCUUCAAAGUUGACCAACUGGGUGCAGCCAUCCUUUGAUGACUUAUUCACAUGUGGCAGUUUACCAUCUAUAAAAUCCAACAAGAGAACUAACUCUGGAGAUCCAAAGUACUUGGACUGCUCUUCUAAAUUUUUGGAAUCUAAAAAACGACUAGGAAAGAGGUCUUGUUCCAGAGAGCAUCAUUUUUCUUGUACAAAGGAGUACUUUGACUGCCAUGAAGAUGAACCAUGGGUGGAAAAAUAUAAACCAAAAACACAGGCUGAACUGGGAGUUCAUAAAAAGAAAAUUGAGGAAGUUGAAGCUUGGUUGAAAGUUCAUACCGAGCAAAAACAAAUUAACAAGGGUGGGUCAAUAUUGUUGAUGACUGGGCCUUCUGGUUGUGGAAAGACUGCCACCAUAUAUGUCCUUUCACAAGAACUAGGCAUUGAGAUUCAAGAAUGGUCAAACCCCCUGUCAUCAGAAUUUAAAAAAGAUAACUUGAAUUCCAUUUUUGAUUGUGAAUCCAUAUCUGGUGGUUUUAGCAGUGAGUCUCAGACUCGUAUGUUUCAAGAGUUCCUAUUACGAGCAAACAGAUACAACAAACUGCAGCUGUCUGGAGAAACCAACGAUAAGACCAAGAAAGUAAUUCUUGUGGAAGAUAUUCCUAAUCAGUUUUAUCGACAACCAGCCUAUUUACAUGAUAUUCUUAGGAAAUUUUCAAGAACAGGUCGAUGCCCACUUAUAUUCAUAAUUUCAGACAGCCUUAGUGGAAGCAGCAUGCAAAGGUUGCUUUUUCCAUCUGAAAUACAAGAAGAGCUGAAAACAUCAAGCAUAAGUUUUAAUCCUGUGGCCCCCACAAGCAUGUUAAAGGUCUUAAGUCGAAUAGCAGUGCAAGAGGCAACCUGGAAUGGUGAAAAAACGAAUGGUCCUGACAAAGAUUCUUUACAUGUUCUUUGUAAUAGUUGUUCAGGUGAUAUCAGGAGUGCAAUUAACAGCCUUCAGUUCUCAUCAUUAAAAGAUUACACAUUGAAAAGUGGUUUGCAAAAUAGGAAAAAGGGAAAAUUCAAAGCCAUAUCCCAUAAAGCAACUUUAGAUGUGAAUUCCAAAUUAAAUGCUUCACAUUUGGAGAAAUUAGAGGAGUUGCCAGCCAUUGGUGGAAAAGAUGUGUCAUUAUUCCUUUUCAGAGCUUUAGGGAAAAUUUUGCACUUCAAACGUGAGCCUCAUACUGAUUCAGACUUGCCCCAGCUGCCUAAUCACUUAUCGGAGCACGAGAGAAGCAGACUACUGCUGGACCCAGAGAUGAUUUUAGAUAAAACAUGCCUCUCUGGAGAGCUAUUUAGCCUGUACCUUCAUCAGAACUACUUGGAUUUCUACUCUGAAAUUGAUGAUGUUGUCCGUGCCACUGAAUACCUCUCAGAUGCAGACUUCUUCACAGCAGAGUGGAGCUGUCGCUCAACAUUAGCAGAAUAUAGUGCAGCAGUAUCUACAAGAGGGAUCAUUCAUUCCAAUAAAGCCAGAUGCUCUUCCGGUAUUCAUGCCGGAAUGGGAUUUAAGCCCUUUCAUAAACCACAGUGGCUUAUAAUAAAUAAAAAGUAUCGUGAAAACGGUCUUGCUGCAAAAUCUCUCUUUGUCAAUUUCUGUUUAUCACCGACGUGUCUUCAGACUCAACUUUUACCUUAUCUGGCCUUAUUGACCAACCCAAUGAGAAAUCAAGCUCAGAUUUCAUUUAUACAGGAUAUUGGAAUACUUCCUCUGAAAAAAUAUCCUGUGAGGCCAAAGCUUGAAACUCUAACGGAUAAAGAUACAGGACAAGAACAUCUUGAUAGUGAUGAAGAUAGUGCUGCUUUUUCUAAUGAAAAGUGGGACAAAACUACCUCUAAAGAGAUUACAGAACUUCAGUCUGGAGAAAAUGUUGCAACUGAUUUACCUGACAGUCAGCCACAGCCUACUAUGAUGCAGGCUGAGCUAGACGAAGAGGAGUUUAUUAUUGAAGACUAUGACAGUGAUUGAAGACAAAAAAGUUUUAUAUAUGUUGGACUCUGUACUACUUGUGUUCCGAGUGUUCUCCAUAGAUCCACAAAUGACUGUAGCAUACUGUAUAGUGCUUUGCAAAGUCUGUAAAACAUCUUGUGCAGUUAUGACAUUUUGCUGAAAACCUUUGAGCCAAAUCUGUGUAUUUAUUGCAGUAAUAAAUAUUUUUUUUUU